CGCAAGCGAACCGGAGAUCCCCUUUCCCUUCUCUGCUCCUCGACUCCACCACCACCACCGCCUCCACACCAAGCGGCGGCGGCGGAUUUCUCGCUCGCUCGCGCCCCCGAACCCUAGCUCGCCUCGCCGGAGAAUCGGUAGUGGACAUGUCGCCGCCCGAGAACCCCAACGGCGCGGGCCCCGCGGCGCCGUCGGACCCCGCGCAGCCGCAGCCACCGGCGGCGAAGUCCAAGGGGAAGAAGAAGGAAGACAGGAAGGACGACGAUCUGUCGGAGGAGGAUUUGGCGCUCAAGGAGCAGCUCGAGCUCUACGUCGUUCGGGCGCAGGACGCGGAUCCCGGCGUACAGAAACUCGCGCUUGAGAGCAUGAGGCAGGAGAUUCGUUCCGCCACAAGCUCAAUGACUUCUGUUCCAAAGCCACUGAAAUUCCUCCGGCCACACUAUGGAACACUCAAGUCUUACUUUGAAACCAUGGCAACAUCUGAUUUGAGGAGGUACAUGGCCGACAUAUUGUCAGUGUUAGCUUUGACAAUGUCUGCUGAAGGAGAAAGGGAGAGCCUGAAGUACCGCUUAUUGGGCUCUGAAGGUGAUAUCGGUUCAUGGGGUCACGAAUAUGUAAGAAAUUUGGCAGGUGAGAUUGCACAAGAAUUCCAAAAGCGUCAGGAUGAUGACAUGCCAAUUGAUGCCCUUAUGGAACUAGUGCAGCAAAUUGUUUCAUUUCAUAUGAAGCAUAAUGCUGAACCUGAAGCAGUUGAUCUUCUGAUGGAGGUUGAAGAUCUUGAUUUGCUAGUUGAGCAUGUUGAUUCUACGAACUACAAAAGAACUUGCUUGUACCUUACAAGUUCCUCUAAAUACCUCCCUGCUCCCGAUGACAUGUUGGCACUUGACAUUGCUUAUACCAUUUACAUGAAGUUUGAGGAUUUUACAAGUGCUUUGCGGAUUGCUCUGCUCCUUGAUAACAAGUCGAUGCAGUAUGUGAAGCAGGUGUACACAGCAACUGACGAUAUUCAGCUCAAAAAGCAGUUCUCAUUCAUCAUUGCACGCAAUGGUUUGGCCAUGGAGAUUGAUGAUGAGAUAGCUGCUGAUGACAAUGACAAGGAGUGUUUGCAAGAGAUUGUUAAUAAUACUAAGCUGAGUGAGGGUUACCUGACCCUUGCUCGAGAUAUUGAAGUCAUGGAACCAAAAUCUCCAGAGGAUAUAUACAAGGUCCAUUUAAUUGAUGGGCGUGGUGCCAGCUCCAGUCUUGAUUCUGCACGACAAAAUUUAGCUGCGACAUUUGUCAAUGCAUUCGUAAAUGCUGGGUUUGGCCAGGAUAAGCUGAUGACCGCUCCAUCUGAUUCAUCCAGUAGUGGAUCUUCUGGAAACUGGUUAUUCAAGAACAAGGAACAUGGGAAAGCCAGCGCAGCAGCUAGCCUGGGAAUGAUUCUGUUGUGGGAUACUGAUUCUGGACUUGCUCAGCUUGAUAAGUACUUACAUAGUAAUGACUCUCAUGUUGUUGCUGGAGCUUUGCUUGGUAUUGGCAUUGUCACAUGUGGUGUGAAGAAUGAUUGUGACCCAGCACUUGCCAUUCUCAUGGAGUACAUCAACAAGGAUGACACAAAUAUACGGAUUGGGGCAAUCUUGGGUCUUGGUAUUGCAUAUGCUGGUUCUCAGAAAGAGGAGCUUAAAACUUAUCUAUCAACUGUGUUGGGGGACUCCCAAUCAACUCUUGAGGUCCUUAUCUUCUCAGCAAUCGCUCUGGGAUUGGUGUUUGUUGGUUCUUGCAAUGAAGAGAUUGCUCAGUCUAUCAUAUUUACCUUGAUGGAGCGAAGUGAGACUGAGCUGGCGGAACCCAUUAUACGCCUGCUUCCUGUAGCGCUUGGUCUUCUGUAUCUUGGAAAGCAGGAAAGUGUAGAGGCUACAGCUGAGGUUUCUAAAACAUUUGAUGAGAAGAUAAGAAAGUACUGUGAUGUAACACUUAUGUCACUAGCAUAUGCUGGAACAGGAAAUGUGCUUAAGGUUCAGAAGCUCCUUGGGAUUUGCUCACAGCAUCUUGAGAAAGGUGAAACCCACCAAGGGCCAGCUGUCCUUGGAAUUGCACUUAUUGCCAUGGCGGAAGAAUUAGGAGCUGAGAUGGCUGUACGGUCACUUGAGCGUCUUCUACAGUAUGGAGAGCAGAAUAUCAGACGGGCAGUUCCUCUUGCUCUUGGCAUACUCUGCAUAUCUAAUCCGAAGGUAAAUGUUAUGGACACACUUAGCAGACUUAGUCAUGAUGCGGAUGCUGAUGUGUCAAUGGCUGCAAUCAUUUCAUUGGGUUUGAUUGGUGCUGGUACAAACAAUGCUAGAAUAGCUGGUAUGCUUCGCAAUCUUUCAAGUUACUAUUACAAAGAAGCUGCGCAUCUGUUCUGUGUAAGAAUUGCUCAAGGACUUGUUCACCUUGGGAAGGGGCUGUUGACUCUAUCUCCAUACCAUUCUGACCGGUUUCUUCUUUCGCCGAUGGCACUUGGAGGGCUUGUCACUGUAUUGCAUGCUUGCCUUGAUAUGAAAUCCACCAUUCUGGGGAAAUACCACUACAUUCUUUACAUUAUUGUCUUGGCGAUGCAGCCUAGAAUGCUUUUAACGGUGGAUGAGGAUCUGAAGCCCCUUUCUGUUCCAGUACGGGUUGGGCAAGCUGUUGAUGUAGUUGGUCAGGCUGGAAGGCCCAAGACGAUUACCGGCUUCCAGACACAUUCCACACCGGUGUUGCUUGCAGCAGGAGAGCGAGCGGAGUUAGCGACGGAAAAAUACAUUCCACUCACAUCGGUAUUGGAGGGCUUUGUAAUUCUGAAGAAGAAUCCAGAUUACCACGAGGAGUGAGGGGCAUUCUAGCCUCUUGAUACAAUGCUGAUUUUAGGGGGCUCAUCGGCAAUGGCACAAGGCAAAUGAUCUUUGUUAUUCAGCUCAUGCUCUUGGAUUUCGUCCUGCUCGACUCUUCCGGGUGUUAAUUGGAUUAGACUUUGUAUCUGAAGUCUUGAGCGUUGGAGCUCCCAGAAAUCCUUUUUGGUUGUGCAAUGACUGACAUACCACUUUGUACCCAAACAGGGGCAUGUAGGAGUUGAACUGCUUCCUUUUUUACCUCCAGUUUAUUCAUUUGUAUGUAGUAAAGUAUGUAGGGAAAUUCGAGGUUACUGUCGUGGAGGUGAUAAGAGUCUGAGAUACUCUAUAGCAAAUCAUUUAGAUUUGAAUUCGUAAGUGCCAUCGCAA